AAGAGGCCGCUACUAUGGAAGAGGAAUCUCGACAAGGAGCAACGGCAGCAGCUACUGCUAGCAGUGACGAUAGCAACCAGCUCAACUUUGCCCAGAUCAUCGUCACUUGCCCAACACCGAUGCACGAGGAGCCGGACAAGAAGUUCCCGCCCGCGGAGGAUGGUCCACCGGCCGGUGACGACGAGCAGGCAGAGAUCGUGGAGAAGCAGGAGCAGGAAACGCAGGAGAUUAGCAGCAAGCAGAAAUCUCAGGAUGCCGAGGUGCCAAAGCCACCCACGCCACCGUCACAGGAGCCAGCGACCAAGGCAAAGACCGCACCACCCAAACCGGCCAAACCACCGUCACCACCCAAGCCGGAAAAGCCGGCCACCGCCCCGAAACCCACCAAUGUCGUGGCGAAAAGUGCCACCACCGCCAAGAAGCCGGAACGGGCGCGGCCGGGUACGGUGCCGGAACCGGACCCCGAACCGGAAGCGGCCCCGAUAGAGGAUCCGGUCGCACCGUUCGAGGCGAACUUCGAGGCAAACUUUGAGGCCGGUUUUGCGGCCAACUUUGACGAUGCGUUCGGGCAGUGCAGCCCGCCGGAGGUUCCGAAGCAGGUGGUAGGGGGGCGGGCCAGCAUACCGGAGGAGCUGGAACCGCACCAGCUCGCUCGGCUACAGAAUCUGAAGGAAUCGAACGCAUAAUGUGCGCGGUGGGUGGUUGAACGGGUAGGGCAGGUGAAUCGGCCAUAGUAUUACACGGGGACGGGAUGUGCGGAAAUAUCGGGGAAGAAAGCGACACGAGAGUGUGUCGAACGUUUCAUGGACAUCAGUAGAGCGGGGGGGUCAGGCAAAUCAAAACAAUCUGCUGCAACAAUCAUAAGGUAGGGUGAUCGCAAAGUGAAAGAGAUAUCGUAUGGAGGAUAAAACACAGAUUUUUCGGUUCGGCUUUGUCAGGUUCAAUUAUAACACCGUGCUUUUACAGACCUCCUUUUUUCCAAUUCAGUGUAUGAUCGGUCGACCAUUUUGCGUUCUUGUUGUAAACCAUUCAUCAUUGUCGUCGUCGUCGUCGUUGUUUGUCGUGUCAUGUAUACAAAUGUAAGCAGAACGUCCAGGGGAUGGAAUGAGGAAUUAAGCAAGAUAAUGUAACACACCAACGCAAUCCCGUGUUUGCCACUAAGACACACAUCAAACCACCCUUACGGCAAGGAAAGGGAAAUAAUCGCGCAUUUGUGAUAAUAAUGCAUUUUGUUGUGCGUCCGUCACGCCAUUCCCUUUAACGGACCAGUACGACCAAAAAUCGACCAAUCUAGUUGAGAAUUAAAAAAAAAAAACAACUCCUAUUAGAAUUGUUUUGCCCGGCAUGUCCCCUUGACUGUGACUGUGUCCGGUCCGGUACAGCUCAAUGCCAAUUGCUCAGCUGCGGCUUUGGUAGUAGCUUUCAACUACAAAAAGAAGGGACAUUUCUUUUCGAGCUGUUUUGGAACGCAUGUAGUGGCAUUAAAAAUUGCAUCAAUUUUUAAACAUAUCACAGCUGGAGGCCGUUACGUUUGUUUGCAUUUAACAUUACCCAUCGAUGCAUGCAUGCAUCCCCUCCCUCCUUACCACUGCUCUCUACUGCACUGUACACCGACCCAGACACUAAAAUCGUGUAGAGCGAUACUCUUUCGAUCCCGGUUCGAUCUUUCUGCCGUAUCCCGUACACCUGUUUGGGAAAAACCCAAAAACAAAAGAAAAAGAGAUUUCCUUCCGCUUUUCCCCGGCGAAAAAGCACACAAUGAAAAAGAAAACUCAAGCCUAAUGCCUAGUAUAUCGCGUUACCUUACUACUAUUGAUUAGAAGUUUUGGUUUUUUUGUUAAACCCAAACCACAGCUAUAGGGAUUGUCUGUAUGGGGUAUGUUUUCAGUUCUCUCAGCAGCGCUGUUGGAAAAAUGGGAAAAGUAACAAUAAGUGACAAAAGGAAGUUUAGCAAAACAAAAAAAAACAAAUGAAUAAACAGUACGAUCUAAGACAAACCCCACACGGUUGCAGCUGAACAAAAUAACAACAAACAAAAAAACAAACAAACACGAUGUAAGAUUUUAGCAUCUAGCAGACUAUACUCAUAUAGAAAAUUUCGAUGGCCCUCGUACGGGUGGCCAAACGUUGCCAUUAUACAUAUAACUCAAGUACGCGAUCGUUACCGCGUGCGUAAACGAUCCGCCAAGCACUAUAUUUGCCGAACGUACAAUAAUUACUCAAUCUACCAAACAUCUACAGCACGGGUAGGAUACACACAUACGAUGCGGUUGGUUUCGUUCGCUUAGAUAAACCAAAUGUUGUGCUGCUUCGAUUGUUUAGUUUUGCGUGAUUUGCGCAUCAAAUACCACUUUAAUCAAAUACCUUCCCCGUCCCUCUUUCGAUACGCGCGCGUUAUGCAAAUCAAAUGGAAUAAUCUAGCACGGAUAAGUUUAGCGCAAACAGGAGGAACGGUACACGAAUCUAAUAACGGGCAAAGGGCAAACCAUUCUAUUCGCUAAAAUCCAUUCGCAUACAAUGUUUCCAGUGCGCACGGCAUAACACAAUAAUUAGCAAAAAACAUUGGUAGGAUUCGUUUGCGGAAAGAUCAAAUGACGGUGGAGACGGCACACACAAACACACACAAUCACGUAACUAAUAUAACUGCGUCGGGAUGGUAUAUAGAAGGAUCCGUGUAUACAUACAUUAAGCACUAUGGGAGCGGAAAACCUAAAAUAUCGCAGCACCGUAGGGAAAUCGCAUCCAGUUCCGGGGAUGGACAAGGCCUUUCAGAGUAAUAUUCUAACAAGCAGGCACCUAAUGCUGCAACACUCGCGUAUGAUUUCCUCGGUUGCGCGUUGGGAUGUCGCCCCCGUUUUUCCCUCUAAACCUUUACUCAGCCAUCAUCUACUGCUAGGAGUUUCAAACCGGUUCUAUAGCUUCAAAAUAUCUGCGUUUGUGGUAGCGAUCACUGUUACUGGUUCUUGCUGCAGAAGGUGAAAGCUGUAAGCUGUAAGUUGUAUAAAAAAACACAAAACAAAUUGGAACAAAUCAUAUAAACCCUAACACCUUAGCGCUUAGUGCAUUUAGUAAUGUUAGUGAAUGCGUGUGCGCGCGCGUGUGUGUGUGUGUAUGUGUUUGCGCAAGACGAUGGAGAGUCAAUAUUCUUAGCGUGUGUGUCCAUAGCUUGCGGUAUUUGCUUGGUCUGCCUUUCGUUCAAUCGAACGCGGCGAAAGGGAAAUUGCGUUAGGUUAGCGACUGUUUUGAUGUACUGUUCACGCGCGCAGACGAGAUUGUAUUGUGUUUGCCAGUGGGUGACCGUUGUGAUUUGUUAUCGAUACUACGCAUUUGGUUAGCCGAUUAAUGUUAAACAGUGCUGCGAACAGUGUGAAAGCAGCGAGAAUGAGCUGAUGAUUGCAUGUGAACGUGUCGACACUAGCCGCUCUGUACAUUAGCGAUGGACUGGACGGGGCAAGAAAAGAAGGGAGCAGCUUUUACAGGGCCGGACAAGUGUGCAAUUUCUCGCAAACCUCAAACGCUCCUACAAUACCCCUAUCGAAUUAAAAAAAAAGAAAGAAGAAAUGGAAAACGCAUAACAAAAAAUCUCAAAACAAUUAUACAUACAUAAAUA